ACAACACAUCGCCUCUGACUUGGCACCGACACCAUGCUCUUGGGCAUCUUCCCGGCACCAUUACGAAGCCCAACCUUGCCACGCUCAUCCGCACCAGCCCUCUCAGAACUACCCUCCCUCCGACAUCACCCUCACACUCACCUUCACCCAUGAGACUCUGCCUCAAGCCCUACAUGAUCCCAUGUACAAGAUCCAGUCAAGCCGGCAUGAGAGCUGCCAUUGUCAUGGUAUGGCCUCGAACACAAAGAAACCUCCUUUCUCGGUUGCUCGAUACAAGCUUGUCCAUUGGCUGCAAAUAUGCAACAAACACUCAAGUCCCGUCUGGGCAAUUCGUAAACGAGAGUGAAUGGUGAUUGCCCAUCUAAUUGGUUGUCGCAUUCACUGCAGCACGAUGGGUUAAAAAAUAGUUUUGAUACAACCGUUUGAAGGUCUCACUUCUUAAUCUCAACUCGCACCCAGCAACAAUACUGCCAGCAUGCAAGAGAAGCGACCAGACUUCCCGCGCAGAAGUGCCUCGUUCAAUCCUGAAGCAGAAACCUUCAGUCCGGCGCCGGCUAAAAUUGGAGCGGCAGAUAUUGAUACUAAGCUAACUCCCCGCAUGAACUCUCCACAGAGGUUGAGCGUCCUGGAAAUUGGACCGAGUGUCCCACAACUCGCAGGCACUCAGUCGGACCAGCUGGAUAUGUCAUUUCCUGAUUUUCAUGAUAUGCUGCAUGCCCUAAAUCAAGCUGGAAACAAAGCAGCACAGAACCCCAGUACUCCGAUGGAAUCCAUCCACAUCGCAGCACCCUAUCAAUCACGAUGCGUUGAGCCUACGCAACGCUAUGCGCCCAGCUUCAGUGCCCCCGAAGUCGAAGAGCUUAGCACCAGUCUUGGACUCCCCGGCAUAGUGGGGAAGGGAAAGGCGGGCGCCGACGACUCAACAGCACGCCCCAGCAAUCUCCCCGACUUCAAAAGUCCUGCUAGCAGUAAUCUUCAUGGUAAGCUCAUGGGUCGAGCUCUCGCAUUUAGACACCCCCGCCGAUUCAGCGACCUCCAGUCCGCCGUUCAAGCUCUGCAACAGAAGAGCCACGCAAACCGCCUGCCACCUAAGAGAGUCAUUCGCCCGCGAGCCACCACCCGCACCAAGCGUUCUGACCAAGGUCCCGAGCCCUCAUCCGCCGACAUCUACCCAGACGACGCACCCUACCCAUCUACUCGCCGCCCUUCCUACGUGCCGGACCCAACCCUCGUAUUUCACGACUACUCCUCGCAUGGCCGUAGCUUCAAACCUCAAGACACAACAUCCUGGCCCACCCCUGCAGAAGUCUACUCUGAAAACCCGAUUCAAGGCCCCGCUCACCCCAGCUCCUCCGCCAAAGAAGAUACAGAACCAGGAUUCGAUCUCUUCAAAGACCACUACUACCCUACUGACGCCGAUAUCCAUGAGCCUGACGCGGAAAUCGAUGCUUUGCUCAAGGCUAUCCCGCAUCUUUUGGACCUCCAUGUACCGGAGCUGAAGUGUGAUUCGUGUCCGUUGACGCCAGGCCAGACGGACGGGUCGCGGUAUGGUAUGCGGUUUCAUGGCAUUGGUCUGGGGGACAGGUGGAUGGGCCCGGAUUUGAGUGGUGAUCCGAACAUCAAGGUUCUGUGGUGAUUUGGUGUGGUUUGGGCACUGGGAUAGAUCUGAAACGAGACUGGGAUUGCCAGAGUGCUUGGUAUUAUUUGGGAUCUUUGCACUGGGAUCUGUUUGCUUGCCGUCAACGAAACCGGUGGAAUCGGUAUGACGGGAUUGGAGCUGGGAAAUCCUUGCAAUGGAAUAAGGAGGGUCAAAAUGUGUAGGCCUGAAGAAUCUUACUUGUAGGUUCUUUUGAGAUGGACUGUAUGAUUAUAAUUGGCCAGUAGAAGAACAGUAUGCAAUAAGAAUACUACAUACU